UCAGCCUCUGCGCAUCAUUUAAGGGGAGCCCGGCUGUCGCUUUUCUCACCGCCUGGCUGCUUCAUAAUAACACGACCGCUCCAACGCUGCUCCGCCACUUUUUUUUUUUUUUAAUUCUGUUUCACUCUCUCUGCGGCUGAAGCCGACCGUUCAACUUAAACCGACUCACACCACCGUUAUAUGGAAAAUACAGCUCCGCCAGGCGCAUUUAUUCUCUCCGUACCCGACAUGAAGCGCACGGUGGAAAACGUUUGAGGACUAAAGGAAACCAGCCGUGAUUCAUGGACGUACAGCGCAUCAUGAGAAUACUACAACUACCAACAAGGGAGGACCUGGCAUGGACCGCUGUGUCUAAAUGAAGUGGUUCAGCCAUGCAAUGUUCCUGGAAGGCAGUGAUUCUGCUGGCCUUGGCCUCCAUUGCCAUCCAGUACACGGCCAUCCGGACACUCACCUCCAAGCCUUUCCAGCUGUGCCCGUUGCCCAGCCCCCAGAACUGCGGUCUGGGGGGCCAGGAGACAGAACCUCCCUUUGAGCGAGGAGCAGCAGGCGGUGGAGGCUGCGAUGACUACCCUUACUUCUCCAUCAAUGCCACACGCAAAACCCACAUCCUGGUCCUGGCCACCACCCGUAGCGGCUCCUCCUUUGUUGGCCAGCUGCUUAACCAGCACCAGGAGGUGUUCUACCUGUUUGAGCCUCUUUAUCAUGUUCAGACCACACUGAUUCCACGUCUGUCACACAGCCGCAAUGCUGCGGACCGGCGUGUGAUGCUGGGCGCCAGUCGAGAUCUCCUGCGUAGCCUGUACGGUUGCGACCUCUAUUUCCUGGAGAGCUACAUCAAACCGACGCCCACGAACCACACCACGGAUAAACUGUUCCGCCGUGGUGCCAGCCGAGCGUUGUGCCAGCAACCUGUGUGUGAUGCCUUUGGCCCUGCUGAUGUGAAUGUCGAAGAAGGGGACUGUGUAAAGAAAUGUGCGACUCUGAACAUGACCUUAGCAACGGAGGCAUGCCGCGAGAAGCGACACGUGGCGAUUAAAAUUGUUCGUGUGCCGGAGAUUGGAGAUCUACGCGCUUUGGUGGAAGACCCACGGCUGAACAUCAAAGUGAUUCAACUGGUCAGAGACCCGCGCGGUAUCCUGUCAUCACGGAUUGAGACAUUCAGGGAUACGUAUCGUCUGUGGCGUAUUUGGAGAGCCACGGGGCGAAGGCCCUAUAAUCUAGACUUGAGUCAGCUCACGGUUGUCUGUGAAGACUUUCUCAGUUCUGUUUCGACUGGUCUCAGCCAUCCCUAUUGGCUAAAAGGGAAAUACAUGUUGGUUCGCUAUGAGGAUUUGGCCAGAAAUCCACUUCUCAAGACAAAGGAGAUCUAUGACUAUCUGGGGCUGCCUAUGGAUAAAAAUGUGGAAGACUGGAUACAUGCAAACACUCGGGGCAGCAAUGAGCCCUCAGCAAAACAUAAGUUUGGUACAGUGAGGGACUCAGCAGCUAAUGCAGAGAGCUGGCGUUUGAAACUGUCUUAUGACAUGGUAGAAUACACACAGACUGUGUGUCAAAAAGUACUUCACCAGCUCGGAUACAAGGCUGUGAAAUCAGUAGAGGAACUGAAAAACAUGUCCCUCUCACUGGUACAGGACAAAACUUUUGUACCUUUUUUGUAACAAAGAUAGUUCUCUAAUGACUAUUUUUGAUAUAUUUAUAAUUGUUGCCUUAUGAUUUCUUUAGUUUGUCGGUUUGGUUUCUGUAGUUUUGUUUCUUCAGAUUUGCACUAAAGAUUUUGAAUGCACCGCGGGAACUAUGGAUGAUUCCCCAAUGUUACAGAACAGCACACUUAAAACACAAAGUAAUCAAACAAGCUAGUUUACAGAUGUCUCAUUAUUUAGUUUUUUUUCCUCCAUGAAUAGAACCGAGACAGGCACGGUCUUCAUUAAGUUCCUGUAUGCAAGCAGUUGUUUCAACAAAAGUAAAAUGUUGCCCUUCAUAAACAUUGGAUAGGAGCUGCGAGGGGUUUUGGUAAAGCAGACAUGUUUUCUUUUAGACCUGUGUGGCAAAAUUUGGACUGUACAAGCCCUACUGUGCAAUAAAUAGUGAAUGUCGCAGUCAACCUUUACCACUAUGGCAUUUCUAUCCAUGUGGGAAGAGAAGAGAUACUUCUGACAGAUGCCACGCUCGCAAUGGAUAAUUGCAGACAAUUAAUAGGCUCUCAAGUUAAAGGGACAGAAUCCCAAUGGCGGUCAUGAGUGUUUCAUCAGAGGAUUUACAACCAUCUGUGAUAGACAAACACACACUAAUGAGAGAUAAUGUCAAAAUCUUCAUUACUGUAGGUAUUUAGAGAAUUUUUCAAGAUGAUUACAGCAUUAAAAAACAUGGAUGUCGACAUCAUAUAGGUCCAAGUAGACAAUGAAGCAUUCUGAUGAGGAACUGUAUUUGUCAGUUUUAUUUAUUGCAUUAUUUAUUUAUUUUUAAUUUGUAGUCCAUUCAUUUGAAAGUACUCAGUGUGAAAUUUACAUGGCCUUUUCUGUCUUCAAUUAAAAAUGUUGAUGCUACUGUCGUCCAUUGAUGGUAACACACUGAGGCACCACUUAAACAGUAAAGGACUUUGUUGUUUUUGUGCCACUUGAUCAGUGCGCAAGACGUGACAAAAAGAAAACAUCCCAGAAUAAAAAUAGUGUAUGCAUUCUCUCUGA